GUAACAGCCUCAGCAGGCACAGUUCCAGAAAACAUUUAACUAACUACGCCUGCCUCUCGUGUGCUCUGAAACAGAAAGAAGAACAUAUCAGAAUAGUGGAGAAAUUAUAUCUAUUUAAAAGGUGGACUAUAUAAAUAAACAAAAUUACACCAAGGAUGAAUGGAUUAAAGGUGCUUGGCUUUCUAGUUUCUGCCGCCAUCUUGGGCUUCAUCUACAAGACUACCAGAAAUCAAUCAACCAUUCCUUAUAUUCUUUCCUACAUCUCAGCACCCUCAAACAAUACAAUUAUGAAUCCAUGGAAUAUUCUAAGAGAAGGGAAUGGAGUUAUGUUUUUGGAGACAACUGACAGAAUGGAGCCACCUCCUUUAGUAUUGUGUUCUAUUGAGUCUGCGGCCCGUGUGUACCCGGAUAGACCAGUGGUUUUCUUCAUGAAAGGAUUAACAGACAUAAACUCAGAAGAGGAUGAGAAACGAGCAAAGGAAAGAUUUCCAUCUCUGUCUGCUCUUAAGAAUGUCUACAUCUUCCCACUCAGAAUGGAGGAAUUAUUUAACAGUACACCACUUCUCAGGUGGUACCUAAAGGCUGAUCCUAAACAGGAAAAGUAUUGGAUCCAUAACCUCUCUGAUGGCUGCAGGAUGGCUAUGAUAUGGAGAUAUGGUGGUUUUUAUUUUGACUCUGACGUCAUCUCAAUGCGACCAAUCCCAGAAAAGAACUUUCUGACUGCUGAGAACCUCCAUACAUCUGGCAGCAGUGUUUUUGGUCUCACACCCCAUCACAGUUUUGCCUGGAGAAGCUUAAAUGACUUUGUAGACAAUUACAAUGGAGAUGUGUGGGGAAAUCAAGGUCCAGCUCUAUUUACACGAGUUCUCAAACAAUCAUGUGAAUUACAUGACUUUAAAUCUCUAGACAAUGUUGUAUGUGGAAAUAUCUCCUUCCUGCACCCUGAGCGCAUUUAUCCUAUACCAUAUGUAAACUGGAGGAAAUACUUUGAGGUGUGGGAUAAAUUACCAACUUUUGAUAAUUCAUAUGCAUUGCACCUCUGGAAUUACAUGAAUAGCCAAGAAAAGAGGACUGUGGAUAUAGGCAGCAACACAUUAGUGGAGAAUCUCUAUAAACAGUAUUGCCCAUCAAUUUAUGGACUUCUCUCAAAAAAAAUGUGACCACUGCAAAUCAGCACAACAUGAUUUUCCUCAAGGUUAUUCAGGAAACCAGGAGUAAAAGUUGUGUAAUGUAUCUUUAUUUUAAUAAAUAAAGGGAUUUACUUUUG